AUGGUGCAGUGCCCCGUGUCCAAGGAUGGUACCCUGGAUCCGGGGAUGGUGUCCUGGAUCCGGGGACGGUGUCCGCUGUCCGGGGAUGGUGCCCUGUGGCCAGGUGUGGUGCUCCGUGCCCAGCAGCCCCCGCAGCUCUGCAGAGUUGAGAGCCCGUCCCGGGCUCGGAGGGGGUCGGGGCCCUGUGGAGGCUCACGGAGGGUGGGCACACCGGGCCCAGCGCUGCCCCGGGACCCCGCCGGGCUGCUCCCGAACCGCUGGAGGGCGGCGGUGCCGCUCCGGGCGGGGGAAAUCCCGCUCAGCAAAGAUGUCGAACGGGGAAGGGCCAUGGCAUCACUGCAAAUAUCUGCGUGGUGCACAGGUUCGCUGUCUGCUCCGCAGCAUUCCCUCCGUGCUGCGCUCCCUGAUCCUUCUGGGAGAGCAUGUGCUCCAAGGUUCCCUACCUGCCUGAAGAUAAGAACUGUAAUACAAUCUGUUCUCUCUCAUUGUUUGGUUUGUGCAGGCACAGGCUUGCUGCAGGAAGUGGUGUAUCUAGUGAGUCAGGGAGCUGAUCCAGAUGAGAUUGGACUAAUGAAUAUAGAUGAGCAGCUUCCAGUCCUAGAGUACCCUCAGCCCGGUCUGGACAUCAUCAAGGAGCUGACAUCCCCUCGCCUCAUCAAAAGCCACCUGCCCUAUCGGUUUUUGCCUUCGGACCUCCACAACGGAAACUCAAAGGUAAUAUACAUGGCUCGAAAUCCCAAAGACCUGGUGGUGUCUUAUUACCAGUUCCACCGCUCCCUAAGGACCAUGAGCUACAGAGGAACGUUUCAGGAGUUCUGCAGAAGGUUUAUGAAUGACAAGUUAGGGUAUGGUUCCUGGUUUGAACAUGUGCAAGAGUUUUGGGAACACCAUAUGGAUGCCAAUGUACUUUUUCUCAAGUAUGAAGAUAUGCAUAAGGACCUAGCGACAAUGGUUGAGCAGCUGGUGAGGUUCUUAGGAGUUUCUUAUGACAAAGCACAGCUGGAAUCCAUGGUGGAACACUGCCAUCAACUCAUUGAUCAGUGCUGUAAUGCAGAGGCUCUUCCUGUUGGCAGGGGACGAGUUGGGCUAUGGAAAGAUAUCUUCACUGUUUCAAUGAAUGAGAAAUUUGAUUUAGUUUAUAAACAGAAGAUGGGAAAAUGUGACCUCACAUUCGAUUUUUAUUUAUAAAAAAUGCAUGCAUAUGAUAUCCAGAUAUGGCUAGAAGUGCUUUAUGCAUUCAUUUAUUACCUGCUGGACAAACUACUGUAGCUAUUAUGUGUAAUAAGAUUUAAAGAAAGAAAAACAAUCUAAGUAAACCAUAUCAGAUGCAAUUAUCUUUGAUCCUGAACAGCUGUUUAUCUUCUAGUAUUUAAGUCCUUUGUCCACAUGCAAGAACUUCUCAGACAAUACUAGAACAUUCAGCUGUUAUGGAAUGUAUUAUAUAGGUAUAAGGUAUGUAUAAUAUAUGCAACUAGAAUGUACACUUUUUCAGCCCCACAUUGGUUAUUUAAUGUGUUUUAUAAAAGCUUGUCACUAGAACCGAAAUGAACAUCCGUAAACCAAAUAAAAAUUUAUUUCUGAGGGAAACAAGUAACAGGCCAAAACAGUAUGCUAGAAUGAUCUCAGGGGUUAAUUGUCACAUUUAUUUUUAUAGCAGGUAUAGCCAAGUAUAAAUAAAUCCCAUUCCAAAAUAGGAACUAAUCCAAGUGGGGUUCACAUUAGGUUCUGCACACCCUUAUCUGUGUGAUUUGAGCAGGUUCUGUGCACUGGCACACUCUCGGAGACAGGGCUUGUUCUGAUUUACAGCUGUGAUUGUCAGCCUGAUCCCAAAUCCCAGCCAUGCCUUUAUGGACACAGCUCAGAGCUGACUUCUUGAUGGAGGCAGUUCAGCUCCAUGUCCAGGGACAGCGGAUGGAAGAUUCUUAAGCCCUUAGCUCUAGGUCACUCCCUCGAAAUGGGGCUUAAAAGCCAGGAAUCUGGUGCAGGGACUUUCCUGAAAAAUCAGUCUCCAACCCAUGUCACUUUGCUGUGUGAAUUUCUCCCUUUAAGGGCAGCCCCAAAAGUUAAGGUGCUGAAAAAGCUCCAGUUCCACUAAAAGUUGAGGGCACUUAGCACUGCUUAUGGGUUGUUCUCCUGGACUCCACCAGACCUAAGGGGGAGAUCUGUGCCAGUGUAAAGCAGGCAAAGGGAACUGCAGCAUCCGAGGACGAGAGUUGAUGGAUAUGCCAGCAGGUGGGAGUAUUGCACAAAUAUCCAUGCACAAUACGUUCCAGGAAUUGUUAGCCAUGACUGAUCUGGAUUAUAAUCAGGAUUCAAGUUUAUUUCUCUUAUCUUUUUUUGGUCUCUACACAAACAGCCUGAAGGAGGCUACUAUCACUACAGAACUCUCCCAAAUUAUUUUAUUGUUCCAUGAUGUAAUGUCAUCUAUGCUUUUUAGGUUCUCAGCUGCAGGAGGCCCAUUUUUUGCUAGUCAAAUGUUCAGGCUCACCAAAAACUAUGAGGAAGGACUAGUUUUUAAUGUUUCAGUUCUGUUGGGAAACUGUCAGUUCAGCACUGGCAAGUGGUAUAGCAUGAUGUGGCUUGACAGCACUUUUCCUUGUAUAUUUGUGAGUGAAAAUGCUUUCAGUGAAAUUUUAUUUCUAUUUUUAUAUUUUUAGUACUGUAUGAAUAUUAAGCACUACACAUUAUACUUCUGUGCUUGCUUGCUUACUGAAUAAAAGAUGUGUUCUGUG